UCACUACCGACUUUUUGUCUCGUUGCCGACCGCGUUUACACGUUUGGUGUCCGCGCUGUCCUGCAUGGUUGGUUGCACAGAAUACGAGCUCUACCAGACACUUGCUAAGGUGGAGCAGUGGUAUCUCGAUAGGGCUCACCAGCUUACUUCAUCAGCCGUGAUUUCGGGCAACACCACAAAAGCUUCUGCUCAAUCUACUGGGGCUGUGAGAAAUGUUAUCGGGCGACCACGAAAAGUUAGAGAAGCAAAAUCCAACAAGAGGGCAAGAAGUGCGGCUUGCGUCGCUACUCAAGACGAUAACGAAGGCGUAGAAGACAAUCUCAAAGGCAGUGAUGUUGGGGAUGCGGACAGGGUUGAAGUUGAACACAGCGCAGUUGGUAAAAAUGAAGGAGAUGCUGAAAACGUCCUCGCAGCGGAGCAAGAAGAGGAGCACUUGCACGAGGACCCAGCAGGUGAGAGUGAUAUGCGCAUGCAGAGAAGACCACAAGUAGUCCAAUAUUCUUCGCAAUCAAGCAUCUCUUUAUCUGGCAUAAGGGUUGAGAAGUCCCCAUGAGCACCCCCCUGACGGUUGGACGGAUGUUCUGAUGUUGAUAAGCUUGAGGUGUUUGUCUUGGAUCAAAAAGAAGUUGGAGGUGGUCCCUAAACAGAAUGAUGUCCGUCAAAUGGGCGAACGCGAAGCUACUAAGUGCAUAAACAUAGUUCAUCUUCACUCAUGAAAUUCAAUACUCCGCAACCACAUUAUCCUCUCCGUAUGUUAUGGGAACGAAAUCUGAUGCUAGCUAAGGCGACUUUUAUUCUAUCAUAAUUAUCCGCCCCCAGGAUUAUUUCCACGAUGUACACGCCCAAUGAUUUCAUGGCUCCGUUGUAUUCCCGUUCUUCCACAUUACUCCGCUUGUGACAUUACCAGCGUUUCAGUUGCUUGAGUAAUCAACGACGAGUAGACGAAGUU